AUGGUUAAUAUCGAUGGCUAUGAACGGAUAUAGUAUGGGUUCAUGCUGGGAAUUUCAACCGUCAGAUCUUCCGACCUGGAUGUUUCUAUUCCCAAAGCGCUCCAAGAUACCUCGACACCCCCGCACAAGAACAAUGUUCUUGGAGCCCGCGACUCGCAGCUCGGAUUUGAGCCCUAGCAAUCCUCCCACCAUUUCUUGUGUCAGCUCCUGUUACUGCGUGUACUACUGCUGAAUCUCUUCCAAGAAGCCGUUGCUUCCAAAAAAACUUGCAAGAAUCCACAGCACUCACACUAAUUUCAUCCUGUCUUCAGUCCAUUUUAACAGUGCUAGUAUGCUUGUAUAAGUCAAGCUCACGCUAAAUUCAUCCUGUCUUCAGUCCAUUUCUAGUAGAGCCGUCUGCGCGCAACUCUAUUCUGAAGACUCCUUUCCUGCUGGCUCUGUACUUAGUUCCUGGAAAUACCAUUUCCGACGCACCAACUAGCUAGUUGAAGCACUUCGGGCAUUUUAGUUCCGACACACAGCCCCAAAGCGCAGCUACUUUGCGAGUUUUGAGUCUUUUUGCUCUGAUUCGGGGCGGGCUCAGCCCUUUGACCGGCACUGCUAGUAGGGAGACUGAAGCAGCGGGGCUCGGGGCGCGCUGCUCCCAGAGGAUGAUGCAGUAUUUACUCCUUCUCACGGCGCUGCUGGCGGCGCCUCUUUUCCCGAACCUCUAUGUGCAAGCUGCAGGGCCCGUCGUACCUAUAGACGCGCUGCAAGGUCCAGUGCUAGCUGCGUGUAGUGGGGCAUGGGGAAUGGCGCCUGCAGGGUGGAGCGGAGGGGGGGACUGCAGCCAAGCGCAAGGGCUGACGUGUGACAGCAAUGGCAUGGUGGUGGCAAUCGACCUGAGCAACACUCCAUUGGAUGGCCGCAUUCCGCAGGAGAUUGGCAGUCUCACCACCCUCACUCUCCUCAACCUCGCCAACUGCUCACUUAGUGGCUACAUUCCCAUCUCCUUCAGUGCUCUGACCUCCCUCUCGCUUCUCGACCUGAGCCACAACAGCCUGUGGGGCACCACGCCAUCUGAACUGGGUCUGCUGAAGAAUCUGAGGCGCCUGGACCUGAGCGGCAGCUCUCUGCAUGGGUCCAUUCCGUCCGGCCUUGGCAUGCUGCCUAAGCUGCGCUUCAUGGACCUCUCGUCUAACUACUUCAAUUCAUCCAUCCCUGUUUCCCUGGGCCGACUCAACACACUCACCGCCCUCGAUUUGAGCAGCAAUAGCUUGGGCGGCCGCGUGCCUUGGAGCAUUGGCCUUCUCACGAGACUCAACGACAUAAACUUGUCCACCAACAGCCUGUCGUCCUCCAUCCCAUCAUCCCUCGGCCUCUUGACCCGACUCACUAGCCUCAAUCUGUCCGGCUGUUCCCUGAUGGGCACUGUUCCUGGCAUGCUGAGCUAUCUCACUGGCCUCUACGCCCUAGACCUUAGCUCCAACGCCUUGAAUGGCACGCUGCCUAAGCUGCGCAAAUACAGCCGCCUCGCCCACCUCGACCUUAGCGCCAACAGCUUCCAGGGCACCGUGUCUGGAGGGGUGGGCAAGCUCUCGCUGCUGCAACACCUCGAUCUGAGCGUCAACCAGCUGAACGGCACUCUGCCCAAAGGCCUUGGUAGAAUCUCCCUCCUCUCCCACCUUGAUCUCAGCAUGAACUCUUUCAACGGCAAUCUGCCUGAAGAUCUCGACCAGCUGACUGCCCUUACAAACCUCAACCUGGCCAGCAACACCAUUAACGGCACCAUCCCGGAUUCUCUGGGCAAUCUCACCAACCUGCGCUCUCUGAAUUUCUCAACGAAUCUGCUAAACGGGUCCAUUCCAGCAUCCUUCGGCGAUUUCUCACACCUUCUCUACUUUGACGUCAGCUACAACGGCCUCAAUGGAUCGCUCCCGGUCUCCUUCAGCAGACUCUCGGCACUCAAGCACCUGCAAGUUGCAAACAACCAGUUGAACCAAACACUUCCUGCCAGCAUCAGCAGUCUGAUCAGCCUCACCAACUUGAACAUCUCUAUCAACUUCAUCAACGGGACUUUCCCAGCGGCCAUUAGCAGCCUCACCAACCUUGUCGCGCUGGACGUUCAUUUCAACAGUAUGAACUGCUCCUUCCCAUCGUAUAUAAGCACCCUCACUAAGCUCACAUGGCUUGACAUGAGCGACAACAAGUUCUGGGGUCCACUUGGAGAAACCAUAGGCACGCUCACUGACCUUGAAUUCCUGUGCAUCCAUUACGAAACCUCGCGCGACCGGAUGUGCAUCGAUGCGCCUGAUGCGGGCAUUGACUUCUACACGACCUUCUACCUCCGCAUGGUGGACCUUCACACGGUUUUGGUGAUGGAGGGCUACGACGUGUCUUUCGUGGCUGUUCAGGAGGCAAUGACCGACAACAACUACAACGAUAAAUUCAAGCGUGUAUGGACGCAGUGGAAGAACGAGCGGGGGUUCCUGAUCAAGAGGCGGGUGUUGACGGAGCUAGGGGUGAAGGUCAAGUGGGCGAGGGGCUCCAAGAUCCAUCAGCAGGGCCAGACUCAUACCUUGGUGGUUAGCUAGGUUUAUCAUAGCUGCAGCGGCAGCGGUGGGAGUAGGUGGGGGCUUGCAGCAGUAGUAUGUGCUCUCUCAACGAGGAAGGAGGGGGUUGAUGCCAUCGUACGGGUCGUUUCCGAUUUACUUCCAGGGUAGUGCUCCUUUUGUCCGGAUGCGGUUGGUAGGGCGAUCACAGCUUGGAUGCGGGUAGAGGUCUAAACCCUGAGAUUUUGUGUCACUGAUGUGUUUUCUUGUGACACUGAUGUGUUUCUUCUACUGGCCAUCUAUACCAAUUAAUGAGCCUAAUAUCU